CUACCUCUCGCGCUGGUCCUUGGCUGCAGUAGUGUGUGCUCCAACGCUCUGCACAAACAUGGAAGGAAAAAACGACGGCACCGAAUCUUGGAAGAAAAAGGACCUCAAACCAAUCCGGCUUCAAGGCUACGUUAAGCUCCAGGUUCACAUUCAGAAAUUUCUCAAGCCAGCGAUGUGGCUACCGGGGCUCCGCUACCCCCACAACUGGUGGGAGACGUGGAGCGUAGCGACGGCGGACCCGGAGGUGUGCGUGCGAGACAUGGGACGAGCGAUCGAGAACGUGGCGAUAGCUGCGGAGUCGUCGGAGGGGAUAGGGGACGGGCAGAUGGUGUUCCAGCUCGCGUCGCUGCGCUACUGCGCGGAGGAGGGGGUGGGGUACGCGAAGAUGAUCUGCGUGUCGAAGGCGAGGUGGUUGGAUAUCGUGGAGCUGAAGGUGUACAAGCCGGAAGGCGGCGGGGAGGGGUCGGAGGUGGCGGCCCACGGGUACAGCACCGGGUUUUUGCCCCUCAAGAUACCGCUGGCGUGCUUGAUCAACAUUCCCCUGUGCUUCAUCCCCUUUAGCGACAACAAGAUCAUCCGCAACACGUGGAUGCCCGGGAUCAGGAACAGAUUGGAGCACAAGGCGUUUGUACAGGAGGGCUCCGAGCGAUACAAGCUUUAACAAUGGGCCGACUUGGAAGUAUUCGUUUUUUUCUGACUUACUAGGCGUUGCGUUUUCUUGGUGUCGGCGUUGUUUUUUUCUU